CAGCGUUUUGGCCCGUCGGGGUGAAGGCUGGCACCAUGGACGUUAACCAACCCAAGCAGGAGCAUUUGCUGGCUCUGAAAGGUCCUGUUUUCCACUGAUCUUGCAGCACGGGGCAAGCAAGUGCUUAUAAAUAAGAUGUUUCAGUCUAGAUUUGAGAAUCCUAAUCAAGAAACCGUUCCCUUUCUUAAGAAUAACUGGAUUCCUCCUGUACAAGCAUGGAAGUGGUCUUGCAUUAUCGACCAUAUCAGAGAGAUCUAGUAAAACUGCAGAACUUUGCAGAAGCAGCAGUGAAGGAGUUUCCCAUUCGUCGCUUACCAAGAUUUACACCCUGGUUUCCAAAUGAUUUAUACAGACUUCCCCUCAAACCAAAAAAGCAGCCACCUGUUAUUUCUUGUGAGGAAGCAGAAGAAUUGAAACAGCUUUCUACACCUUCAGAAUAUGUUACAGGAGCUCCUGAUUGUGACUGCACAAAAUUCCUCCUUGAGUUUCAGUCUGAUGUGAAACACAGGCAGACUUUAAUACAAGCACAAACUGUUCACAGAUUAAUUAACUUGGAGAAUCAAGGAGACCCACCACCUAAUGGAAAACAAAAAUUGAAAAGGUCUUGGAGUGUCUCUCUCCCUAGUCAUAAGCUUAAGGAAAAGAUUCUUCCUUUAUCUCAAGAACUGCAAAAUAAUUUAGAAAGACUAAAACUGCAUGCAUUUUACAGAGCAAAGUGGAUAAUCGAAGAGUCUAUUUGUAAUAAUCAGAAUUUGGAGGACAUCUGGGUAAAGCUGAAUAGGCUAAUCAAGCAGAAUGAAUUGCCAUCUUGCAACGCUACUAUCCAAAGAUCUGUUGGACAGAUAUGGAUUUUCUGUGAUAUAUUAUACUGUGAAUAUGUUAGAAAUAUUCUUAGGGAAAAGCUAAGCCUUACUGAUAAAAUGAAUUUACUUGUACAUAAAUUUGGAAUUAUAUUUAGUUUGUAAUUAUAAGGUGGAGAUAAAAUUGCGAUCUGAAGUGCUGGAUUUUUUAAGCAGCGUAUGUUAUACAAGCUUUAGAACAGCUGAUGAAUUAACGAAUAGAAAAUUGCUUAAUAUUACUUUGGUACAGUUUUUUUAGCUGUAAUAAGUAUUUAUGAAGAUGAGUAAGUUUCUGCUUGGCUUAGUACUGCAUUUUAUAGGUUUUCUCUACAUUGGUGGUCUAAAGGACAAAAAAUAAAGUAAAAAUUCCAGACUAUCAUGGCAAGCUGUGUCAGAUAAUUUCUGCCAAGCAAAGUACAUCCUCACUGUGCUUCUUGGAAGUUAGGAGAGGGAAGAAUAAUUUUGAGUUGGUAUAAUCACUAUAAAGAUUUGUAAUUAUUUUUGACACUAAGACUUCCAAGAUCUGAUUAUUUUCUGAAAGUAGUGUGUAUGGGUUCUUUAAUGAAGGCGUAGUCUUCACAUGAAAUCAGACUUAUUUCUAUUCAUGUAUAAGCUGCCUUAGUAACAACUUAGCACUUGGUAGUUACCACUUCGGUAAUAAGAUUCUGACCCUCCCUUUCCCUGGAUAUUUCUGGUCUUUUGUCUGUAAUUAUAUUGGGGAACAAGAAAGCACCAACUUCCAGCUACAGGUCAGGAAAUUAAGAAAUGGGACACUUCCAUCUGUGAAAAUCUGUUUAUUGUCAUUGUGGAAGAUAAAGGCCUCUGAGGCUUUAAAUGCAUUUUAUGUUAAUGAAAGGCAGAAUUCAGCAUGACUUUUUUUUCACCUGAAAGAAUAAUUUUAUUCUUUGAAAUAUUUUAUGAAAUAAAUUUAUUUCAAGGCGACACUGUCCCUGUCCAGUUGUGGGGUCAGUAAAACAGUUAAACUGCGAUUAGUGUAACUGCAAGAGUAUGUAUUUCCAUUAGACACCCCUACUAAUUCCAGAUAAUUUUGCUAUAGCUGGAGGUCAAGGUCUGCGACAUCUGGAAGAGGAGGAAAAUAAAUGAAUGGUAUUUGUAGAUUGUUAUCAUUAACACUGAUGGAAUAGAAGUGUACAUAAGCAUAACAUCCCUCUGUGUAAAAACUAAAUAAAAUCCCCCUGGACUCUUACUUACCUUUUUCUUUUGAUGACAUUGUUAUGUCACAAUAAUUACAUUAUUAUAGGCAUUGCAUAUCUUUAUGUAGUUUAAAAUUAAGGAUGUUGCUUAGCGUGGAUCAUUGACAUGUAUUUCUAAACUUUGACUGAAUAGUAAGGCAGUCUUUCAUUGACAUUUGUGUGUUUGUGACAUUUGGUAUUACCACUUAGCAAAAUUGAUGCAAAGUUCUGUCUAGAGUAUCUUCAGGUCAUUAUUAGUUUUGAAGCUUGUAUACCCAAGUCAUUUCACUGAAAUUAUUCUUCUGAUCUUAACACUAACAGUAACAAAGUUUCUUUGUGCAUCAGCAUGUUGAAAGAUAUAAUGGAGUAGAAUGCAGUAUGAUUCAGGUUUUAUUUAAUGUUGUAUUUUGUGUCUAGGAUAGUAGAAGGACAGACAUGAGAGAUUGUCCUGCAACGAAUAUUUUCUAAUAUUAAUUUAGUAGUCCUAUUAAGUAUGAUCAUCUACAUAUCUUAAUUUGUGCUUUGACUUCAUUCCAUGAUAUAUUUAUUUAUCAUGUUAAAUGUGACUCAACUUGAUCUCUUACUGUUCCUUUAGAAACAAGCAGCAAAUACUAGUUUAUAUGGGCUACUGUAAAUUUGAAUAAAAUUAGGUAACCACCCAUAAUACAGUCUCAGUACACUUAUUCAAUUAUACUGACAGAAGAGCUAAACAAACAUCUUGCUAAACAGGACAGGUCGAUGUGACUGUUCAGUGGUAGCUGUCAGCUUUCUGCUGCUUUGGGUUGGCUUGUAUGUGAAUAAAAAUUACAGAAUCAUAGAAUCAGCUAGAUUGGAAAAGACCUUUAAGAUCACUAAGUCUGACCAUUACCUCAGGACUGCUGAGACCACCACUAGACUGUGUCACUGAGGGCCUCAUCUGCACAGUGUUGAAACACUUCAGGACAGUGACUCCACUGCCCUGGGCAGCCCAUUGCAAUGCCUGACCACCCUCUCUGUGAGGAAACUUUUUCUGAUAUCCAGCCUACACCUUCCCACGCAUGCCUUGAGGCACUUAUCUCUUGUCCAGUCACUUGUUAAUUAUGAGAAGAGACUGAUCCUCACUUUGCUACAAUCUCCUGUCAGGUAGUUGUAAGGAGGGCAGUAAGGACCCCCUGAAGUUUCUGUUCUCCAGGCUAAACAACCCUAGUUCCCUCAAGCUGCUCUUCAUCUGACUUACGCUCCAGAUACUUCACCAGCUUCCUUGCCCUUUUCUGGAUGUGCAUCAGCACCUCGAUGUCUUUCUUGCAGUGAAGGGCCCAGAACUGAACACAGGAUUCAAGGUGCACGUUCUUGUAAACCAGUACAGCCCACUACAUCCAAAUGCAUAUCAAAAUAAUUAAAUCACAGGAAUAAAGCAAGAGAGGGCAAUGGCAUCACCAGAGCUCUUGGCUGCCAGAGUGGCUUGGAAUUCGUUAUAUUGAAAAAGACCAGGUGAUCCCAAAAGGUGUUACCCUUUAUCAGACUAAAAUCUGGUGGUUGUGAGUUUUUUUGGUGGAG